CGUUCGUAGAAAAUGUUUUGCACACACGACAGCGAUACGGUUAGGCUCUCUGUUAGAAGAGAAUGAGGCCGGAAAAGAUGUAGAGGUGUUUACAUUUUUAAUGGGAAAUUAAUACAAGAGAGUUGGCAUCAAGCAUAAAACAUUAAACAAAAAAUCAACAAAUAAUGGCUACUGGUGGAGAAAUUGAAGAUGAGGAGAACAAACUGCUUAAUAUGUUGGAGAAAUGGUCAAUAGGUGAAGAAGAGAGAUGUACACCACAAUGUUGGACUGUUUCCGAAAUAGAAGUAUGGAACAAAAAAAGGAGUAUUCUAUUACCAGUAAAAAAUGUGCUCCCUGCCAUUUUACAGUUCCUUGUACAAAGACAACAAAAAGUAAUUUGCAAAAUUGCAGAAAAAAAUGGAUUUGACAUUCAUCUUGACAGGUCAAAAAAUCGCCUUGAAGCUGAGACUGUAGGUGAUCAAGAAGAAGAAGCAUUGGAUAAAAUGAUUGAGAAAUUUAUUCAAAAAAUUGAAGCUGUUUGUGACAUGUAUAGCGUUAAAGCUUUCGUAAUUGAGGACAAUGUUUGGCCGUGUGUUGAGAGAGAAUUUAAUGAGAAGGCAAAGGAUGCAUUCAAGGAGAGUUUUUUACAGGUCUACAAGAAAUGCGAGGGUACCUACUGUCUUAUUGGAUUUGCUGAGACUUUUGAAAAGUAUGCAUCCCUUCUUUUGUACAUAAGCAGUCAAUACAAAGCAAUCAGGAUAGAAAACAAGGAGCUGUUUGAUGCUCUAGAACUGGAAAAAAUCUUGGACUCAGGGUUCAAGCAGGUGAAGGUAGCUGUUCAUGGUGACCUGUUACUGCUACAAGGGGAGGAAGAAGUUAUCAAGGAAUGUGCCAAACACUAUGAAGAGCUAUCUAAAACAGAGAACAUGCAUUUUGCAAUAAGAGUUGUUUCUAAAAAUAUGUAUGAAUUUCUCAAACGGAAAAGGUCAAAAAUUUCCAGCUGUCUUUUUGCAAAAGGUUAUUGUGUUUAUUGGACAGUAAAAAAAGGAGGGGAGAAAUAUUUCCUUACUUGCAGUAGUAUUUCUGGAAAACCAGAAAAAGAAAUUGAUUUCUUAACUAAUUGCAUAGUGAAGGAAAUUGAACUUGACGAGAACUAUCUUCAAGGGGAACAAGUAAGCUCAAAGAUUGAACAGAUGGAGAAUGCUAAACUCUUUACAUCAGAAAGUGGGAUAAAAACUCUUUUGUAUUAUGGCAACAUAGAUUUCCUGGAAAAAGCUGAAGCUAAGGGAACCCAACAAAGGUUCUGGUUUGAUCAAACAAUUGCAAGCUCCGGGUUAUUAAGAUUCUUAAACAGAUUGGAAGUGCAGAGUUUUAUUAAUUCGAAACUUCCUAAUCAUGCUGCGAAGUGGUCCAUUAUUGAGGAUAAAAGAAAACUUAGAGUAAGCUGUCAAUGUUUAGCUGAAGUUGAUCGCCUUGUUUCCUUAAUAUUGGACCAAGUUUGGUGUGUUUCCAAACCUUCAGAAGUUUGCAAAACUGAUCCAGUGAAACAGUUCUUGAAGGAUCAUUCAAAUCUCGUGGAAAUUGAGCAAGAUGAAAAGUAUUGUACAUUUUAUGUCACAGUGGAUCUUAAGGAUGAGUUGGGAAGGUUGUUAGGAGUACAAGCUUUGAGCGAAAUUGAUGAAGAUGAAAAUGAUUCUGAAAUAUGCAGUGAAAUACCCACAGAAAGAGUGAAUGUGUUUAUCGAACCAGAUAUUAAGAUAUACCUAUUUAAAAGAUGCAAUGCUCAAUUGACAAAAAUUAGUGAGGACUUCAAUGUUUGUAUAUCAUAUAAAGGAACAAGUUUGGAGUUGAAAGGCAAAUCAAAGGAAAAUGUGUUGCAUGCAAAACAGGAUCUGCUAGAGCUGCUCAAUAGUGUUGUUUAUCAAAAAGACAUAGUCAGAAUAAAAAGGGAAUCAUGGAAUAUUGAAAUACUGAAAAAAAAGAUAAAUGAAUUGGAGCAAAAAAAUCCAUGUUCAUUUAUGCUUUCUAAAAAAGAUGAAGAACCAGAGUAUCUUAAAUGUUGGGAUGCUCAAAAUGUUCGCAUUGUUGCUGCUGAAGGUAGUCUAGAAGAUACAAUGUGUGAUGUGUUGGUUUGUUUCAUGGACCAAAACUUGCAACCUGUGGGAAGGUCAAGUAAAAAGAUAUUUAUGACAGGUAGAUGGACAGAAAUAGAAGAUGCUGUAAAAAACAUUAAAGAAUUACAGAGAAAAAAUUGGUUACCAAAUUCAUCUAAAUGCAAAGUGUAUUCAUCAGGAGAGACUGGGUUCUUAAAAUGUAGACAAUUACUUUUUGUAAGCUCAGAGAAUUUGCUGAAAGACAUUGAGGAGGUAUGGAAUAAGGUUCUUGAAGAUGCUUAUGAAAACCAAUGGCGCAGCAUUUGUUUCCCUAUGGAGUUGUCGCUGAUUACUGAUGGAAUUCUUGCUGGAUUUUUGUCUAUUCUAGCUAAAGGGGUUUCUAAAAGAUUGAAGAACAGUCUUGAAAUCCAAUUUUGCACAUGGGAUACAAAUGAAUCAUUAAGGGGAAGGAUUCUUGAUAUUUUCCAUCAAUAUUUAUCCUCAAGAUAUAUACCAAUACAUUGUCUUGCAGAUGAAAAGGAAAGGAUGCAAGGCACAAAGAAAAGUUUGCAUUCCUCAAUUGAAGUGAAAUUAGAAAAGGGAUCAUUUUUGGAAGUAGCUGAAGCAAAGAAGGUGGAUGUGAUUGUAAAUUCAACAAAUUGUAAAUUAAAUCUUACAAAAGGAUUGGUUUCUCGUAUCAUUCUUGAAAGAGGUGGUAAAGAAAUAGAAGACGAAUUGAGUCGCAACUAUAAAAAUGGCAUUGAGUUUGGAAGCAUUGCAAUAUCCUGUGGUCAUCCUGUUGGAUUUCAGAAAAUAUUCCACUGUGCACUGUAUGAUAAAUGGGUUUCAACAGGAAAUUUUUCUUUAAAGGUUUUGAAAAGUCUUAUAACAAGAUGUCUGUUAAACAUGGAAAAAGAAGGCCUCCACACAAUAGCAUUUCCAGUAUUAGGAACAGGAAAGCUUGGCUAUCCAUACAUCCCUGUUGCCAAAACAAUAAUGGAAUGUGUGACUGACUUUGGAAAACAACAUCAAAAAACUUGCAUUCAAGCAGUUUUUAUUGUUGUACAUGAAGCUGAAAAACAUUGUGCACAGGUGUUUGAGGAUGUUUUUGAGGAUGGUUUUGAGGAUGUGUUUAAAGAUCCUGACAUUACAUCACAAUUGAAAUUUGGAGAUAUAUUUUCAAAGCCAACAGUCAGCUUUUUGGAAUACAGAAUGUUAGACAGAGGAAUUUUGCUUCAAGUAUUGCCUGAAGAUAUUGAUGAACUGGUGGAUGCUGUGAUUAAAUUUUCUAGCGAUGAUAAUGCUAGUGGUUCAGUGGAUUUAAAAUGGUGCCAUAAAAGGAAAUGUUACUCAGCAUUGAUGUCAGGAGGUAUGGAGCAUCUACAGAACAUUGUUGAUCAAUGUUUCAGAAUGUUGGAUUCCAAAAGAAUUACAUCAGCAGGAAUUCAUAUUACAGAGAGUAUGAAAGACUCAAAGAUGUACACAAAAGUGAUAGAAGCAUUCAUGAAAAAACUGAAGCAAAUAAAUAAUGACAGAUAUGCUUUUGGAUUGUCAUUGAGAAAACUGCAGUUUCUUUUGUGCAAGGAACAGUAUGAGAAAAUGGAAUCAAGCUAUACUACAGACCCAAAUGUUUUCUAUAGCUUACUUCAAAGUGCAAUGGGGAAAGAUUCAAGCAAUAUAUGGAAAAAAAGGACUGUGAAACGACAAAGGGAUGUUUUAGUCUCUGUCUGUGGACCCUCCAGUGAUCAUGUAAAGAGAGCCAUGAAUGAGUUCAGGGAAUCAGCUGCAUAUGAACCAGGAAAUUGGUGCGUCAAAAGGGAUUACAAGUGGGCAUUUGUUUCGAGCAUCACCAAUAUCAAAUUGAAUGAGGCUAUGGAACAGGGAGUUUCAACAAUAGAAAUAAAAGAAGAGGAUGGGAUUUAUCAUUAUGAUAUUGACUAUAUGGUGAGGAAACUAGACAAGGAAACUGGAGAUAAAAGGCCAGAGAAAAUCAGAUGCCUUCCAGAUCACGAAGAAAGUAAACCAAGACCAGGAAUGGAUCUUUGGUAUGUUCUGUUAGGAGAUAAAUGGGUGCUCCUGCCAGAGAUUACCUGUAGGAUGCUGACAGAUGCCAAAAAGAUAAACAACAAAGAAGCUUGUGAUGAUCAAUAUGUGUAUGAUUUGACAUAUAAUGAAAGAAAACGAAAGGGAAGGGAGAGAGUUAAAGAGGAGAUUAUGUUUAUUAAAACAAAUGAUGAUGGAUAUGUGGAUUCAGAUGGAACAAAUACUAAGGCAAAGCAGUCCUCUACCAAUGGCGCAAAGCAGACAUGGGAAGACAAGGAGAGCAUUUUUGAGUUUGUAACUGGACAAGUUUCAUACCUGGAUACAGAAAAUGAGAUAUUAAAAAAUAAAAUUAAAAGCACUUUGGAUUCUGUUGGUUGCGAAGUGAUAACAAGAAAAGACUGCACUUUCUUUAUUAAGGGAAGCUUAUUGCAAAUAGAAAAAGUAAAUGAAUUGAUGAUGACCCCUGAUCAGAAAACUAGGUCCACUGAUACUGAAACCUUUACAGGUUUGGUAACCAUUGGUAUGUCUCACAAAGAAUAUGAAGUCUUUAAAUACUUCGGGACUAAAUGCCAGUGGUUCAAAAUGUAUGGAAACAAUCUGAUUUUUGAUGAAAAUGGUCUCAUGUGUGAAGUUCCUAUAGAUGUUGAAAAACAAGUAAAAGAAGAAAUGGAAAAACAUUUUGAAAAUGUAAAAAGAAUGCCUACAGAUUACACGCAAAUUAUUGAAAACCAGGAUUGUAAUAUUGUGGCAAUUACUCAAAACAUACAAGAACAAUAUCCAACUGUAUGUCUUGUUAGCAACAAGAAAGUAAUUGAACUUACCUCUGACAGUUAUGAAGAUCUUAUAAAAGUAAAGAACUUACUUGAACAUCAGAUGUCUGGGAUAAAAAACAGAAGGGCUAGGCGUACAUUUGAAAAAACUGUAAAUACAGAAGAUCCAAAAGAAGUAAAAUCCAUAAGUGAUGUUUACAAAGGAGAUGUGUAUGCUGGUAAAGGGUCUAAAUAUACAACGCAACAACAAAAGGAACUAGAAGUAAAGACCACAGAGGGUGUGAAAAUAAAGAUAUAUGCAGGAAGCAUCAUUCAUUUAAAUGUAGAUUGCAUUGUCAAUGCUGCUAAUGACCGACUUAUGCAUGGUGGAGGAGUGGCGGCAGCAAUAUCAGAUGCUGCUGGAUACCAGCUUGAUCAGGAGAGCAGGGAUUAUGUACAGAAAUAUGGUCCUAUUCCAGUCGGAAGAUGUUGUGUGACAUCUGCUGGCAAUCUACCAUGCAAGUUAGUGAUACACACAGUUGGGCCCAGAUGGGAUGACUAUAGAGAUAAAAAUAGGUGUUUGCAGCUUCUCUUUGACUCUGUUGAGGUUACCUUUAUAGAGGCAGAUAAAAGAGGAAUGAGUUCAAUUGCUAUUCCAGCAAUAAGUUCAGGUAUAUUUGCUGUACCCAGGGACCUGUGUGUUGAGCAAUAUUACAAAGCAGUGAUGUCAUUCAGCAGGAACCAUGCGUUUAAGAGUCUUCGGGAAAUUCACUUUGUAGAUAAGGAUGAAUCAAUGGUAAGAGCAAUACAGGAAGUAUUUCAACAGGAAGAGCCAUCUGCUUCCAACACAGAGAAAUCUGGAAACCUUGACCAAAAAAAUGACACUCCUUCAUUUGGUGCCGAGAAUAGUUUUAGUUCAACCAUGCCACCGUCUAAUGCCUUCACCAUUGUGCAUGUCUCAGAAAAAUUGAAAAUCAAAAUACAUAUAGGCAAUAUACAAGAUAUUGUUACUGAUGCCAUAGUCUGUCCACAAGACGAAUACUGUCGUUCAGAGGAUGUUAUUGCUAAAGAUAUUUUCAGAGAUAUUGCCAAUGAGAAACCCGUAUCCCAACAAAUGAAGUUAGGAAAUAGUUUCCUUCAACGACUCCAAGGAAAUUCACAAUGGAAGAUGAUCCUUCAUGCUUUUUCUCCUGUUUUUGACAAAGAGCAUGCAAAAGAUUCUACAAAAUUUGGAAAAAUAUUAGAUUCUAUGAUUCAAAACAUCAUGAAAACAGUAGAUGAGUCAAAGGUUGAAUCUAUUUCUAUUCCUCUUCUUGGAACAGGUAAAGGAGAAUACAAGACACCCGUUGAAAUAUGUGCUUCUAGUUUCAACAAAGCUGUUAGGGCAUCCGAGUCUGAGCUUAUGUUUCUGAAAAAUAUUUAUCUUGCUCUUAAGGACAAAGAAGACGAGGAAAUAUAUUUAGAUUUUUUUAGGUACAAAUAUGAAAUAACCAAUAGGACACUGAUGGAUUCUGGAAAUCCAGGUAGCUUAGCAAAAACGCUGAAAGGUACAUUAAAAGAUGUAGACAACUGUUGUAUCUGCAUGGAUACACCAACAGAACCAAAGCAACUACAAAAAUGUGGACAUAUAUUUUGCAAAGAAUGCAUUGAUGCGUCCUUUCAGUACAAACCAGCUUGUCCUAGUUGUGGCACGAUUUACGGGAAGGUGACUGGAGACCAACCGCCAGGGUCAGUGACUGUGAGGAAAAGCUAUACAAAACUAGAGGGAUUCAAUGACAGCAGUGGGUCUAUCAUUCUUACCUAUACGUUUGUCGAUGGAUAUCAAGGGGAUGAGCAUUCAGAGCCCGGAAAAAGAUACAAAGGAAUCACUCGUUCUGGUUAUGUUCCAAAUAAUGAAAAAGGCAGACUGGUCGCUAAGCUACUUAAUGUAGCAUUCAGUAGGCGGUUGGUGUUUACCAUUGGUCGGUCAAGAACUACAGGUCACGAUGGAGUAAUUACUUGGAAUGACAUCCAUCACAAGACCCGGCCAGAUGGGGGACCAGCAAAAUUUGGGUACCCUGACGCCACAUAUCUAGACAGAGUGUUAGAAGAGUUGGGGGCCAAAGGAGUCACCAAGGAGUCCGCAGAUGAUCCAGCGGAAUACAAGGAAUAUUCAAAACUUUUUAGAUAUUAAUAUACAAUAGAAAAUAAAGUGUCUUUUGUUCAUGUACAACUUUAUGUUUGUUCGUGUUAACUGAAAUUUUGAGUUAUUCUUGAUUAUGUUUUUGGAUUUCCUACAGAAGAAGAUAAAGAGUGAAUUUAAUUUUGUAUUUGACUGAAGCAAGGGAAUACUUCAUUAGACUGCAUUACACAAAUUGGAAUAAGGUUUGUUCCCAAAGCGUCCCCUAUUAAGUGAGCAGUCUAUUUCCCAUUUAUCUAUAUGUAGAUAAUACCAUAAAAUGGUUAAUUCUUUGUUAGAAUUCGCUAGGAUCUUUAUCCGUUUUCUUUUAUCUUUUAGCAUAGGAUCUUUAUUCGUUAUGUUAUAAUUAUCUUGUAAAGUGUUAUGAUUGUAUUGAUAUAUAGUGUACUUUAUGCAUUCUGAUUGAUACAAAACAGUCUAAAAAAUUACGAAGCUAAUUUUUUUAUGUAUUGGAGUAUGAUGAAAUAUUUAUUUUGAUGUAUAUUAGAUUGAUAUAGAAUGUUCUAAAUUGUUCAGAACCUUUUGGUGUAUUUUAUAGUAAACCGAUGAUUAGUGUAAAACGAAUAAAACUGUUUUUAUAAUGUACAUGUUUGUCAUUUUCCCCUGAUAUGAAAUUGUAAUUUUCAUUUAUCCAUACUUAAAAAUCUUUAAUUUUUCCUUAUAUAAAAGACGCACAAUACGUU